GCUGCAGAAACUUGACGCAAUUGGCCAAGAAUCCUCAGCUUACCCUUGAAAGAUCGAGAAACAAGCUUUAUAGGCUCUCAAUUGGGACCCCACAGCAAACGAGGGGGGUAUAAGAAGUCUUGGCCCGCCCCCCUUAAGUCUUGGCUCUGCAUCUCACUCUUCCAAUCCAGACACAUCCACACACAUCCAUUCAAAUCACCAUUCCGUUCCGUUCCGUUCCGUCCAUCUACCAAUCAGUCACCAUGGGUCUCGAAAACGAAUUCCAGGAGCUUGAGCAGGACGCCACUGGACAAGGCGGAAAUGACGGAGAUAACAACGCCAACAAUGCCAACGGCAGCAACGACAAGACUGAGGACACCAUGGUCGAUUCUGCGAUCGACCAAUUCGCCUCCAAGGAAGGCCUUCCAGCUGGUCUCGACCCCGAGAUGAACAACAUGGUCAACGAUGAGAUCAACAAGCUCUAGAUUUGCUGAGACAUAUUUGAAGGAUUAUUGUUAUGCUUUUGGUACCAG